GGCAACAUUGUUCAUGUUUUUGUUUAUGAUUUUUUCAUAAAAGUGCAAAAGUGGGCGAAGCGAUUUAGCUAUUUGUUUAUUGCAGUGUUAUUUCUUGUGUUUAGCCGUCUUAGUUUCAUACAGGCAUGUUAUUUAAUACUGUACUCCAUAAAAAUGCAUUUUUCUAUUCCUAAUCUACAACAAUUUCAUGAUGACAAUGGAAUAUCAUACACGGGAUACAAUAUAUAUAUUGAUGGGGUUUUCCACUGUACAGCGCGAUAUAAACAACUUCUUAGUCUACAUGAACAGCUGCAAGCUCAAAACCCCUGUUUCAAAUUGCCGCAGUUUCCUCCAAAAAAGUUGUUCCUUACAAGUUCACAGCUAGAAGAACGGAGAAUUUUAUUAGAAAAAUAUAUACAAUUAGUUGGUCAAAAUCCAAUAUUAGCGAAUUCUGAUCUCCUUAUCACAUUCCUAUUUUCUGCACAACAAGAAACACAUGGUGUAAGAAUGCAUGAAGUGGACAUAGAAAUAUCUCUGAUGAAUGGAUACAGAAUACCUUUGUCUGUCUCAUCAAUAGAUACUUCAAGUGCUAUAUUAGAUAUUGCAUGUAAUUAUAUAAAUUUGCCAAAAGAAUUGAUUAAGUAUUUCUCUCUGUUCUUAUUCAAUUGGAGCUAUGCAAAAGAUGCACAGCCAUCUUUAAAGAAAUUGGAAGACUAUGAAUCUCCUUAUAUAUCUCAAAAAUAUGUGAGGCCAGAUGAUAAAAUUGUGUUAAGAAAAAGUUAUUGGGACCCUUGCUAUGAUGUUGACUUGAUGAUAGACCGGGUUUCUUUAGACCUUUUGUAUUUACAAAUAAUUGAGGAAAUAGAUCUAGGAUGGAUCACUGCAGACACACAAACUAAAAACAUUUUAUCUGCAUAUGAAGCAAAGAAACAGAAAAGAGAGUAUAUAGAACUGGCAAGGACGUUACGGCACUACGGCAGGAUACCAGCUGGAGAAGCAAUCACAGAUUCAUCUGUCAUUUCUGAUGAUGGCAGUGAUCAAUGCAAAGUGUUGGUGUCUCUUGGCGCUAAGGAGCUCACCUUGACCACAGCUCUACAUCGCUAUAAAGAACAGCGUUUUAAAGUCACCAGGAUGAGAUGCUGGCGUAUAACGACACUGCACGCGGUGGAGAGGGCACCGACCAACGGACACGGGCCGCUACUCGAGGAGGCGAAUAAAAACUUCGAGCUAUCGUUUGAAUAUCUUGUUAGUAAAGACAAUUUGAAAUGGAUAACCUUGAAGACGGAACAUGCAACAUUCAUCAGCGUUUGUUUGCAGGUAUAUCUAUAUAUAUAUUUAUAUUUAUUUAAAACUUUAUUGCAAAAACAGCAAAUAGCGGUCUUAAUGCCAAGGGCAUUCUCUACCAGUCUGCCAGACAGGACGUGGGAGCGAAAAAAUAUAUAUAUCGACGCUGGAAAGCAAACACGUAGUAACCCGCAAAACCAAAAUUGUUCUUUAGAGCAGAAAAACUUUAAUUUUUUUCGAUAAAUAAUUCCUAUAAACGUCCAUGGUAACAAAUUAGGUGUUCCUUAGUCAAUUUAUACGGAAAGAAGAUAUUUUUUCUUGGAAAAAUAUAAAGAUUUUCCACUUUAAAUAUCCAAUUUUGUUUUGCAGGUUCCUACGUGUUUGCUUUCCAGCGUCGAUAUAUUAAAUAAUUUUUGGUUUUUCGAACAUUUUGCCUUGUGGUACAAAGUAGAUCAUUUAAUUCAGACAGACGGUUUUUUAAUGAUAAAACACAAUUAAGAUGUCAAAUAAUAAACAUCUAUAAGACAUUGUGUUGUAUCUACUGUUUUAACCCAACAUUAUUGUUGCCCUAUUAAAACUGUAUUUUUAAUAUAAAUAAAGCACUAGAAUAACUAAAAUAUUAUAAUUCUUCACAAGUCACAAAAGUCGUUAAUACAAUCGAUUUGAAUUCAUUUUCACUCAAAAUCGCUUUUGGUCUAUUGCGAAUGAUAAAAUCUAUUCUGGAAUGGUGCGCUUAUCAAUAAACAA